CUCACCGCAGGGUGACCCUAUGUAUAUAUAUGUAUAUAUACUGUCAAGUAUUGGGCAUUAUCAAUGCAUUAUAAUUUCAAAACAAAACUUGUCCAGAAAAUGAACACAAACGGAGGUUUUAGUUGUUGAUUUCAUUUGGAGUGAUGCUGUCGUCUCCACAGAUUUUCCGGCGCUUCUGCUGCCUGAGCGCCGCAGCUUCUUCGCCUUCGUUGGUUGCUCCUCUUUCCCAGGCCCUCACUACGCAAAAGAAGCGUCUCAUUUUCUUGGGCUCUCCUCAGGUUUCCACUUGUGUUCUUGAUGCCCUUUUCAAUGCUUCAUCCGCCCCAGAUUCUUUGUUUGAGGUAGCAGCCAUUGUGACCCAACCGCCUUCUGGAAGAGAAAGGGGUAGAAAAUUGAUGCCUUCUCCAGUUGCACAAUAUGCUCUGGACAACGGGCACCCGUCUGAUUUGAUCUUCUCACCAAUCAAAGCUGGUGAGGAAUCAUUUCUUUCCGCAUUGAAAGCUCUGGAACCUGAACUUUGCAUCACGGCUGCAUAUGGGAAUAUAUUGCCGUCAAAGUUCCUUAAAAUUCCAUCUAUGGAUUUUAGGUGCAAUUUUGUAGGGACAGUCAACAUACAUCCCAGUUUGCUUCCUCUAUAUCGUGGGGCUGCACCUGUUCAGAGAGCGGUACAGGAUGGUGUGAGAGAAACUGGAGUUUCAGUAGCAUAUACGGUCCGCCAACUGGAUGCAGGUCCAGUUAUUGCUUGUGAAAAGGUGGAAAUUGAUGACCAGAUAAAGGCACCGGAGUUACUUGAGUUGCUAUUUCAGAAAGGGUCCAGACUUCUGGUCCAUGAGCUUCCGUCAAUAUUAGAUGGUUCUGGCCAAACUAAAGCGGUUCCACAAGACGAAUCUCGAGCUUCAUUAGCCCCAAAAAUAACACCAGAUGAGUCAUGGCUCUCAUUUGAUGAAAAUGCUAGAACCCUUCACAACAAGGUACGUGCAUUUUCAGGUUGGCCAGGAACCCGAGCAAAAGUUUCAGUAAUUGAUUCGAAAAGUGGUCAGCACAACAUUUUGGAACUUAAAAUUAUCACUACAAGAGUUUAUGUGAAGAGUGAAAUUCAAAGUGGUGAAAUGAAUGAUGUGUUCUUUGAGAGGGGUUCAUUGGUAUUCCCAUGUGGUGGGGGUACAGCACUUGAGGUACUGGAGCUGCAACUUCCUGGUAAAAAAGUCGUAAAUGCCACCGCAUUUUGGAAUGGCUUGAGAGGCCAAAGAUUAAAGAAGUUUUCAUCUCUUUCAAGUGCAUGAUCAUGCAAAAAAAGAACAGUAUUUACGAAUUACGAACGGUUUCUAUUCAAGAAGACUGUCCACAGAUCAGUGUAGAAAGGUUGAUAUAUUGGCACCUAACAAGCAACAAGUAAAUCUUGGAAUGCUCUAUUGUUAGUUGAUGUUGGUUUGUAGGAGAAGAA